UGUUUUAAAUAUUUUUAAUUCGAUUGUCUGGCAACAAGUUUACUUCCCAAAAUAUCAGCAAUUGAAGAAAGCAGCAAAGGUCGGUAAAUGUUGUUGAAGUUUUGAAGCAACAAUUGUUUGUGGAGAUUUUUAACAAUUCGGAUAUUCAAAUGGACUUUUCAAAAGUUGAGUAUGAAGAUGUUCGAGUUCCCGUGCCUUGGGGAUAUAUUUCUGGUCGUUGGUAUGGCAAUAGAAAUCGACGUCCAAUAUUAGCACUGCAUGGUUGGAUGGAUAACUUAGGUACUUGGGAUCUAUUACUACCACAUUUACCGAAACACAUUGGCAUCCUCGCUAUUGACUUUCCUGGACAUGGACAAUCAUCGCACUUACCUCAGGGAAUGCAAUAUCAUGUGAUCGAUUAUGUUACUGCAGUUAUGCAUAUUAUAAAAGAAUAUAAUUGGAAAAAAGUUUCACUUAUGGGACAUUCAAUGGGUUCAGUUGUGGUAUAUAUUUACACAGCAUUAUAUCCAUCAACUGUGGACUUAAUAGUUAACUUCGAUUUUGUAAAACAAGCCUUCUGGCAAGCAGAUCUUGAAAUUUAUUUCUAUGAACUUAGCUUUAUAGAGCGACUAAAUGAUAUGACUGAAAUUACAUCAAAUAGAAAUGAACCAAAAUCAUACGAUUUUAAAACUUUGGAAAACAUGAUUCACGAGGGAUCUGACCGUUCCGUUAAUAUUGAGAAUUGUAAAUAUCUCUUAAAUCGCAGCAUAACCAAAUCACAAAUAUCUCCCGAUAAGUAUUAUUUUUCCAGAGAUAAGAGAAUCAAAUAUUGUAGACCAUUUUUGGCUAACUCUGAACUUACACUGGAAUUAAAUAAAAGAAUACAAAACAUUCCAUAUUUUGUGAUAAAAGGUUUGAAAUCUUCGUUUCUUAAUGAGGAUUCAAAUGAAGUUUUAAAGAUACUGCGUGAAAACAAUCCACAUUUUGAAUAUUAUGAAAUUGAUGGAACUCACCAUUUACACAUGAAUAAUGCGGAAGAAGUGAGUAAAUAUCUUAAUCCAUUUUUGAACCGCCACUACCCCGCCGAGCUUAGUUCUUGGUGUAUUGAUGAUAAUAAUGAGGAUGCCAGGAGUAAAUUGUAAAAUUUUUGUGCCAAUUUUAAUGUAAAUAUGUACAUUUUUUAUUUUAUUUUGUA